AGGAAGAGAGGGAACGGGAAAAGGUCGAUUGGGAUAGAUAGAAACAAAACAAAAAGGAAAACAAAAACGACCAAAAACAUUUUAAACGAACGUGUGUUGGAUUACCUUGUGAAUUAUCUGGUGUUGUUAUUGAAGGAAACAAUAGCUUAAGUGACUACCUCGUUAAACUGAAUACUGUGUUGAACGUGCGAAGAAAUCAAUGUCUGUUACAUCUACUUGUUACUUUUAAUCUUUCAUAGUUUAUUUUAAAGAAAUUGGAUAAGGAAGAUAGAUAGAUAGAUAGAUAGAGGGAAAGGGAGAAAGAGAAAGGAAGAGAGAUAUAUAUAUAGAGAGAGAGAGACAGAGGAUCUAAAAAUCAGUGAAGUGAUUUAGUGAUUUCAAGAUUUCGUGGCCGGCGGGCAGGUCCGAAGUAGUCGGUGGCUCGGACUACUUGAAAUGACGGUUACCACUAAUUUCUCGAUGAUGCGACCCUGUUUCACUGGAUACCCAUUUCAAGAUUUAGGAUCGAUACCAGGACAGGGCCGUGUUAAUCAAUUAGGAGGAGUAUUUAUAAACGGUCGACCAUUACCCAAUCAUAUUCGAUUGAAGAUAGUUGAGAUGGCUGGUGCUGGUAUCAGACCGUGCGUUAUAUCCAGACAACUACGUGUUUCACAUGGAUGUGUUUCGAAGAUAUUAAAUCGAUAUCAGGAAACCGGAAGUAUAAGGCCAGGAGUUAUUGGAGGUAGUAAGCCAAGAGUAGCUACACCGGAAGUCGAGGCAAGAAUCGAAGAAUACAGACGCGAUAAUCCUGGUAUAUUUUCAUGGGAGAUAAGAGAUCGAUUGAUUAAGGAAGGGAUUUGCGAUAGGACCAGUGCACCAAGCGUUUCUGCAAUCUCCAGGCUUCUUCGUGGACGUGAUCCCGAAGAAGAUGCUAAAAUCGGUGAAUUCAAAGCCAGUUCGGGUUCUGAUUGUGAGAGCGAGCCAGGUAUUCCAUUGAAAAGAAAACAAAGACGAAGUCGAACAACUUUUACCGCUCAUCAGUUGGACGAAUUAGAAAGAGCAUUUGAGAGAACGCAAUAUCCUGACAUCUAUACGAGAGAGGAGUUAGCACAAAGAACGAAGUUGACGGAAGCAAGGAUCCAAGUUUGGUUUAGCAAUAGACGAGCCAGAUUGAGAAAGCAACUGUCCUCUAGUACGUCUGGCGGAUACGUAGGAACCGUCGCUUAUCCUACUGCAUCUUAUGUUCUUCAUCCACCUGCGGCACCACAUCCGCAUGGUGGCGCCGCUGCUGUACCACCAAGUCAUCCUCAUCCACAUCCCCAUGGACAGACUCUUCCGGAUGCAGCAUUUUCCUCCAGUCAAGUUCCAGAGAUCUAUUCGUCUCAUCACGGGAAUGGGAUGUCUCAUCAGUUGACGGGGGAUUCAACGAGAUUACCAUCUUCAACACCAGGUUACAGUCUUCCAACGUCGGUGACGUAUCCAAGUACGUUGCUUCCACCUACGUCGUCUACUACGACUGUGCAUAUGAGUCAUCAAGUAUCCCCGGUAGUACCAGCUACAUCAGCAUAUCAACAACCGGCAACCGGUCAUCAGUUACCACCUACGCCGAAUUCAUUGGUCUCCAUGAUGGGUCCUAAUUCUGGAAAUUCAGGGAAUUCUACGUCCGAUCAAAUAUCUUCCUCGGAUUUACCAUUGACAUCGGCGUCUCCAGUUCAACAACAACAAACCAAUCAAGAGAAUGCUUCUCCAUCAUCUUGGAACUUACCAAUAUCGACUUCAUCGAGAGUUGGACUCUCCAGUCCACCAAGUACGCUUCAACAACCGCAUGCUCAUGGCGCACAUCCUCAUCAAGCUUUUGCCAGUCAUUACACGGCUCAGACUUUCCAACAACCACCUAGGCCAGCUCCUCAUCAACCUUUUUACAGUUGGUAUUAA